AUGCGUUUCGUCGCGCACACGGCCGGUGACCCUGGCCUGGCGCCGUGCUCAACAGGGAGCCACCUCGUCAUUGGGAUCGGCGAAGCUCUCCUGGAAAGACUUGUCGCAACCUGGCAGAAACGGGAUGCCCCCGGCAACGAUGCUGGUGAUACCGACACUUUGGAAGCACGCACCAGACGAUACGACUGA